CUGAAAACUUUUUGUUUGCUGUCUUCCCAGUUCAUAAACUAGCCAUGAGGAUUUUUACAUGUCGGAUUUUACCUGUGUUCGUGCUAACCCUGAUAUGUUUCAGCACUGUGUCACAAGUGGAUGGCAUCUCAGUUAGAGUAGUUCGCAAAUGGGCAAGGGAUUUUGGCCGAAAGAUAUUCAACACUACCAAACAUGCGACUGGGAUAGCUAAAUUAGCCAAGGAAUACAAAACACAUGGGGCAUCUGUUGAAGAAGUCAGAGGCAAAAAUUUGGUCCACAAAUUGGCAAAACAGAUGGAAACAAUGCUGCAGAAGAAGGUCAAGGCAGUCAAGAAAUUGGCUGAUGCUGCAGAAAAAGCAAUUUUAACCCAUAAAAAUGACUCCGGUGUUCAGCAAUAUGACUAUUUCAAUGCCAAGAAACUUUUGCCUGAUACAGUAGUGAAAACCUUAACGGGAGGAACCAUGGAUGCUUCCAAAUACAGGUUCAUCCAUCUUGAUCAGCAGAAGGGUUUCCAUGGCAUUGCUGUCAACUUGUCUCUUAGUACAGUACAUGUGCCUACUAAUGUGUUUGACAAGUCAUCAGAUGUUGUGAAUGGAAUUGCAUGGUCUAGCCUUUUGGAUAGACAGUUUGUAGAAAAUACCAAAAAUGACUCGACAUUGAUGUGGCAGUAUUUUGGGAGUUCAACAGGCUUCUUUCGAAUUUAUCCAGGAAUGAUAUGGCCCAGAAAUAAUAAAGAUGGCAAUGUGGACAUGUUUGACUGUCGAGUCAGAGGAUGGUAUAUCCAAGCUGCAACAUUCCCAAAAGACAUGGUUAUCCUUCUGGACUCUAGUGGAAGUAUGCAUGGAUUGCGUGCUGCAAUAGCACGCAGUACUGUUGGGAAAAUUUUGGACACUCUCAGCGAUAAUGAUUUCUUCAAUAUCAUUUAUUUUAAUAAGAAGCCCGGCUACUUUGAUGACUGUUUGAAUCGAACCCUUGUUCAAGCUAACACAGAUAAUAGAAGACGUCUCAGAGAAGCCAUUGUUGAAGCAAAAGCGAAGGAUGUUGCAAACUUUGAACUUGCUUUGAUUGAGGCAUUUGAAUUAUUUGAACAUACCAAAAACAAGUCUAAAGGAACAGGUUGCUACACAAACAAAGUCAUUAUGCUGAUAACAGAUGGAGCCCCAGAGAAUUAUGAAUGGGUGUUCCAGAAGUACAAUUGGGGUGAAAAUAAUUCAGUGCAUGUUCGAGUUUUCACAUAUCUGAUUGGGCGAGAGGUCUCUGACAGCCGACAAGUCAAAUGGAUGGCAUGUGUUAACCAAGGCUUUCAUACACACAUUUCAACACUGGCAGAUGUUCAAGAAAAUGUACAGAAAUAUAUCAAAGUAUUAAGUCGGCCUACACUUCGAGAUGCAGACAAAAAUGUGGCCUGGAGCCCUGUCUAUUUAGACUUUAUACAAUCCUUGGAGGAUCAGACCAAGUUGGAUACUCUGGCAAAAGAACAGAGACUUCAAUUGAUGACGUCUGUGGCACAACCUGUAUUCGACAAGAGAAAUGAUACAAAAGGAGAGGGUAAACUCUUAGGUGUGGUUGGAACAGAUGUGCUAAUUUCUGAACUGACCAAACUGACCUCAAAAUUUUGGUAACUUGGUGUCAAUGGUUAUUCCUUUGUGGUGACCAACAAUGGCUAUUUGCUGUUUCAUCCAGAGCUUAGACCAGCGAAAUGGAAAAAUAAAUUACCAAACUACAACAGUGUUGCCUUAACAGAAGUGGAGUCAGCCAAAAAGGCAGAACAGCUGAAGAUAGCCAUGACCAAUCGAGAGUCUGGAAGUAUGAUGAUCACGUCAAAGAUAUAUUUUGACAGUAUGAAACGAGUCACUCUGCGAAAUACAAGUUUCUUUUAUGCUCCAAUAGGACGAAACAACAUCCCUUUCAGCUUAGGCAUUGCUCUGCCUAGAGGAUAUGGAGAAGCCUGUAUUAAUGCAGGAUUUGAAAUUUCACGCUUCGAUCCGAAGCUUUUUAAAGGGGCUGGUGUAGAAGUCUCACCUUGGCCAUAUUGUGAAGGUAUGCAGCAGAAGCCCAAAACGGGCAGGUGUGUGGAUACUUUGGUAAAAUACCUGGAGCUGGCCAAAGCAGGAAAUAAAACAUACAGGGAAAAAUGCAAUAAUGACAUGGUAAAGAAUCUGCUCUUCGAUGCCAGUGUGACAAACCGUAUCCACCUGAAUUGGAUUGUAUCCCUUGGAUCACCUGAGGAGUGUUCCUACCUUGAUAAUGCUUGGUGCCCUGUGGAUUUUCUUCUGAAGCAUGGAAUUGAACUGGUGUUUCUUGGCACAAGAGCUGGACUCACUCGUUACAUGAAAACAACAGUCAAUCUCACAGAUCCGGAAUUCAUGGAGCAAAAUACCAACACACUGGAUGAUUUAUAUUAUAAACGAGCGGUGGACAUUGGAAAAGACAACAUUGUUUUCUCAGUUCCACUGGCUUUGAACACUUUUCAGGUACCCAACACCACAGUGGUUACUGCCAGCACCCCAUUAUACUUAAAAAUGGGCAAUGACAGCUCUGUGUCAACGGUGGCAGCUGUCCUCGGGUACCAGAUGAAAUAUAGCAAAUUCCAGGAUGCCUUUCUGAGUGUUGUGGAGAGGUGCCCGCGAGACUCCUCCGGGAAUCGGUUAACCCACUGUGGCAAUCUGACAUGUGCCAGCUCAGAUAUUGAAUGUUUUUUGGUAGACAACAAUGGGAUAGUGAUGUAUGCCAAAACUGAAGGAGCUAUUGGAUGGUUCUUUGAUGAGAUUGUAAAGUAUGAUAUAUUCCGAGACAUGUUGAAGAAGAAAAUAUUCAAAGGUGUUAAUGUCACAGAUAACCAGGGGCUUUGUGAGCAAAGUUCAAUGUCUGCAACAAGUUCACCUGCUGGGAUUAUCACCACACCAUUUAGGUUGAUGUACUCCCUGAUGUCUUGGUCCCUGAAAGAGUUGGCUUUUCUCAUAGCUGAAUGGGGUUUACUGACAUGGUUUACUGAGUACCAUUCAGUUUCAGGCACUCUCUAUGAGGAGGAGGUUGACAAUAUCCCGCUUGCAGAGGAUUAUUUAAUAGAUGAAGGCAACAAAUUCACUGCGCAAGAAGAGUCCCACUGGAAAAAACUCAUGCAACGAGACCACGACUCCUUCAACAAAUGUCAACGACGACAACUGAGUGGGCUAUUUGGUCAAACCAGUAUGGAACAAAAACCUUGUUCUCGCAAUGCAACUUUGUACCAGGUCAAUUAUGAUGUCCUUCCCAUAUCAACAGGGAUGAAAAACUGCUACAAGUGCUUGAACUAUACAAUACCUGAAAACUGUAGGGGUAUACAAGGAGCAAGAUGCGAGAAAAUUUGUGCAGUUUUAGGAGAUCCCUGUGAGAAGACCUAUGUGGUGGAGAGGGUGAAUCAUUCUAACUUGCUGUUGAUUGUGGUAGAUGCAACGUGUCAUUGUGAAGACGUUCUUCCCGUUACUCUUAAUCCAGAAAUCAGAUUUGAUGAAAAUGACACUUUAUGUCACAAGUUGAAAGAGUCCAGGCAUCGCCCUAGCCAGGAUCAGCCAUGCCCUACCAUGGAGAAAGGGGAUAAAGAAAUGAAGUGUGAUGGAACUACAACAACAACCUGCCCAGUAGUAUUCCUUGGAAUGCAGCUUAUUGCCCUCAUAUUUUCCUGCCUGUUGUCUUCGUGAAGCAAGACUAGCUCUGAAAGAUUUAUUAUCCUUGCAGCCAUAAACAGUUGGAAAAUGGAUCAAGAUUCACUGUGGCAACGAAUGAAGGCACUGAUGACAUGGAUGGCAGUUUUGAUCAGAAGCCAACAGGGUGGGAAUCCAGUCAGUGGAGAACUGCAAGGGCUACACCAGUUAUACAUAGACAGAUAGCAGUUCAAAUUGGAUAAAUCAGAUGUGGCUAUUAAAGUGUCGUUGGAGAAUUUUUCAGUAUGGACAAACCUCAGGUGUUAUAAUCUGAACUGAGAAGGUGGUCCAAACAUUAACCUAAGUUACUGUAUGUAAAUUGUGGAGAGACUUGAAUUAGUUUUGCUGUGGUUGAACUGAUAAAAGAAUAGUCAUUACUGGUUAGCAGUAGACUGGAGAAAGAUAUGUUAUGCUCUGGUAAGUAAAUGAUGGUUCAUGCUGUCUGAGGGCAAAUUCAUGAAAUUAUUAUAUCAAGGCUUGAACUGGGAGAAAAGGCACAAUAACAAGCAAGAAUUUGCAUUGGAAGCUGCAUGUACAUUACACCAGUAGAUAGAUAAGGAAUGUAGACAUGUACCAGUGCUUAUAAGGUGUCAGUGUAAAGAUUCAGGAAUACCCCGAAGGGAACUUGUGUGACCAUAAACAUCAUCGAUUAUUGUGUUGAUCAUAAUUAUGUUUGGUUUACAGAAUGAUUCACUGAACGUCCUGCAAUGGUUCAACUAGUUGCUGAGACAGAGAAAAGUAAAACAAAAAUUGUUCUGCCUUUAAUUGGUUGGAGAGUGAAAAGAAGCAACAUAAAAUGGAAUUUUCUUUAUGUGUACUUGAAGGAUAUUGGCCAAGGGGCUCUGACAGCAUAAGAAAAUAUUAAUGUAGGUCAUUGAGCAAUGUAUGAAUAGGAUAGGCAAUGCCAGACAAAGGUGUGGCCUAGACAUGGUGCUUUAAUAUCCAGGGAUAUCAGGUGUUGUUAUAUAUGCAAAAUAUUUCAUGAAACUGUUGGAUUAAAUUAAUGUCUUAAAAGACUUUGGUUUUAUAUAGUUGUAUUUGUAGGAUAUUUGUAUGAACAACAGGUUGACAGUUGCCUGUACUGGGAGUGGUACUUAAAGAUGGAUUAACGGUCUGUAAGCCAGUCAGUAGGAAUACCUGGUUUGCAUUUCUUGACACAUGUACAUGUUUGUAAUUAAUUAUUAGGGCUUUGUUACUCUGAUCAUUUUAGAAUCUAGAAUCUUGUAUAAAUAGCCUUUUUUUAUUGAAGGGGGCUUUACAGUGGCGUGUGUUUAAAAAGCAAAACAUUUGUGAAUGAUAUAUAAAAAAUGUAUUGUUUUGUACAUGAAAAGUUACUGUGUAAGUAAACAUGUUCAGCUGUUGGAUAUACUGAUCAGUUGAGUACACUAUCCAGUACAGAAAGUCCUACUAGUCCAUAAAGGUGAACAGUGGUGGAAAGAUUAAAAUAGUGGUAUUUACAGGUAAACUUCUUCACCUUCGUCAUAUGUAGGGUUACUGUGCAUUUUCUUUUUUAUCAGAAACAGAUAUUUUAAUUAAUUUUUAUUUCUUUUGCAUGUACAGGCCAAAACAUUUUGGCCAAGGUUUGAAUUAAUAGCCUCAUUCCAUAUCAUAAUUUCAUUCCGCGCACCUAAUUGUUAAAAGAUAACAUAAAAUAUGAAUAAGUUAUGGUUUUAAUAUAAUUGUAUGUGGUGGUUAGGAUACAGGUAGGUCUUGUUUCAUUGUGUGGUUUUAUAUACCGGUAUGUAUACUACAAGAGGAAACGCAUUUCUUUCUGGUACAUGUAUCUACAUGUAAGAUGUGUUACAUCAGCAACUCUUGUAUAGCUGAUAAAAUUUAUUGCGUUUAUUUGAUAUAAAAAUAAGAGAAAAAAAUGCCUUAAACGCCAGAAAAUUGUAUGCAAAUAAAAUGUCACUGAAAGUUUUCCAUGCCCUUCGACAUUGCAACACCUACAACUGUUUGAUACAGACUUCCGUAACAAAAGUUCUUAGUUGAUGACAUGCAUUAGCAAGCAUUGUGCAAUGUGUUGUGGAAACGUGGCUUUUUUGGUCACUGUCAUGGCAUUGUUUAAGGUAAUCUAGUUUUAUUUUGCAAUGCAAUAUUGAGUGACCUCAUUUACUUGUAGCAGAACAGCUGCUACAAAUACGUGUACUUGCAUGGUUUUUUCAAAAUCAAGGUACCAAAUUGUUUCAAAACUUUUUAAGAUUUUUGCUAUAGUAUGAAUAUGGUUCUUGGUACACAUCUAAAUUCAGUUUACAUCAGGCUUAAAGUUUUCUUGUAAAAAGAAACUGCAUAGAACUACCACAUUGUUGAAAUAUUAAUCUUGUGAAAAACAAACAAACAAGGAACAGGGGAUGAAGUCAUGAGACAUGGUGCAGAGUUUAACAUAUAAAGUACUGUAUAUAUUAAAUUAUGUAUGAGUAAGAAAAGUGAUAUUCCUAAAAUAUGAAAGUACAUGUACUCAGAAUUUUAAAUAUUUAAAAAGCAAAAUACAGAGGUGUUAGGAGUCAUUGGUUACAAAAUGGAUGCUAUUAUUUAUUUAUUUAUUUAUAAAUUGAAGGGGAUACUAUUAUUCAUAAAUUUGAAUUGUCUUUCAGUAUGAUAUGUAUAUACAUGAACAUGUAUAAAUAUUAAGUUAUUACUUUAUACACUACUCAUGUUUUGGGAGACAUUUUAUCUAUAUGUAUAUCAUGUAUAUCAUGCUUAUGGUUAAGCCAAUAAACUGAUGGUUAUUGUCCAUAGAUGUAGAAUACAGAAGCAUAUGUUCAUAAUUUUUCGGUUAUUCGGUUUCAAUAAAGCAACAUAUUAAAUUUGUUAAGAAUAACUGUGUACAAAAGAUGUGUUUUGAGGUAUUAAUUUGUGUAUUGUACAGAGGAAUUGUGUUCCCCUUUCAUUAUGUUAUGGAAGCAAAAGGCCAGUAGAACCUUUGAAAUCACCACAUUGGUACAUGUACAUGUAGGUGUACAUCUAGAUACAAAAUUAGGUUCAUGUGUUCCUAUCAGUUAGAAAUAAUUGGCUAGCAUCGAUACUGCAUGCUAGAGUUGGCACAUUCCUGCAUGAGAACAGCGGAUAAUUUGUAUUGACCAAAUUCCAUGCUUUGAACUGAAUGUAUUGGCAUAAUCUUUAAUUAGUAUGGUUGAAUAUGUUUUCUGCACAAAUGCAGGGAAACAGAAUUGACUCUUUUCGAUUGGUUGGUGUUAGACAGCCAGGUGUACAUGUAGUCCAAGCUGAACCAACGGACUCAGAAUAUGGCUUGUGCCCGUCUCUGAUUUCAACCAAUCAGCCUGGAUUCUGUUUGCCUUUGUAACACUUCAGAGCUUAAUUAGAGAAGUAAUACUACAAAUCUACAUGUGCAUAAUUGCAGACAUGUGACAUCACUAAAGUGCCUGUAUUUUUGUAUACUCGAUAUGGCUAUAUGUACAUUUAUGUUGGAAUCAGUCUACUUCACCAGGUAUAUGAUGUUCAUGGGUGUUGUUGACGCAUUCACAGGUCUAUGAUUUAUGGGAGUUAAUUCGCCUAAUAAUAGAUGGAAUUGCGAAAAUGGCUGAAAAUGUCUAACACAAAAUUUAACAGGAACAUAGAGACUUAGAACUUAGGUUUACAACAUGUAAUCUGUCCUGAUCAAAGCAGCCUGGGUCCAAGCUAUGUAUGGGUAGUUGUUGUUCUUCCAGCCUCUGCUAUGAUGAUUUGUUGGCAAACUGGUAUUACAAGAAAACAGUGGUCAGUUCAGCUUGGACCCAUAAUUGCCCAUGCACAGGUAUGGAAAGGUACCUGAUUUUUACCUGUAUUUGUCAAUGUAGAAGCCGUCUCUUUGGUUUCAUUCUCAUGUACAUCUUAUUGACACCAUAAUAUAUAAAUGUAUUGUUAAUAUUAUUCAUGUAGGAUUGCAUGAUACAGUAAACAACUUUCUUUAUACAUGUAGGUGUUUGAUGUGAAUUUGACAAUUAAGGAAGGCUGAGCAGAUGUUGAAAAAUAUAUUUGGUAAUUGGUUACGUGUUGCUUGAUAUCUUAUUUUGCACUCUUUUUUUUUUAUCGCAUUGAUUCCUGUUCCACCAAUGUAAGAACAGUAUUAUAUCAUGGCACCAAUCAUUCAUGAUGUCAUAAAAGUUUGUCUUAAGGUAUAACCCUGAUUCCAUACAAACUCUUAAGAGUUUUAUACAUUUUGUUAUUCCAAAAUGAAAAAAAAAAAGCAUUCCCUUUAUUUAAGAAUAUACUUGCAGGCUUGCUUUUGAAAAAAAAAAAAAACACAACAAAAAGACAGGUAUUCACUGAAGGGAUUGUACAGCAUAAAGAUUAUUGGAAGAACAGGUUGUUAUAGAGUGGAUGAAAGGACACAAUGUAAGAUUUCGUAGAAAAAAUGACAAACAAAUGAUCCAUUCAAUGGGAUGCUUUUUGACAAUGGGACCUUUUCAGAAUGGACCUUAAUAUUAUAUACAUAUGUUGUAUGCACUUGAAGUGUGACUUUUUCCUGUUCAAUGCAUUAAAAUUUGUGUAAUUUCUCUUUCCAUGCAAUUCAGCUGCAUCAGUCUUUAGUAGACAUGUACGCACAGUACAAAAUAAAGAAAUGUUCAUCCAUCAGGUGAAUGUGCUUAUAUCAUUGAAUUAACAUACACCUGUAUAUAACAGUUAUCAUUCUUA